ACCACAGCCCUGUUAUCGAUAACAUCUCCUGCAACAUCUGUUUUCACAACCAACAGCUGAUUUUUUUGCAUUUGCCGGUGUUUAUAAAUAAAUAAUAUAUUUUAACUAUUCCCAAGUUUAUUAAGCACUAAUGUUAAUAUGAAUAAAGCCUCUCGACUCUUCUGCCCAGCUCUUAUAACACCCAAGAAUGCGGUUGUCAAACAAACAGAACAACUUUCACGCAGUCAAAAGCUACUCACAGAUUUGGGACUGAUAAAAUCAGGCAGCAAUGGCACGUAUCAAGUAAUGCCCAUAGCUCAGCGAUCGGUUGAUAAACUGAUCGACUUGGUCCAAAGCAAUAUGCAAUUGGCGGGCGGACAGAAGAUCAGUUUACCCAUUCUCACGCCCACGGCGCUUUGGAAGAAAACAGGACGCCUGGAGGGGGACAUCUCCGAGUUCUAUAUGGUCCGCGAUCGCAGCGGGAAGCAGUUUCUAAUGAGUCCAACCCAUGAAGAGGCUAUAACCGCCAUGCUGGCCACUACCUCACCCAUUUCCUACCGUCAGCUACCCCUACGUCUGUAUCAAAUAGGUCCCAAGUUCCGAGAUGAGCUUAAGUCACGUUUUGGGCUGAUGCGAGCGAAGGAAUUCUUGAUGAAAGACAUGUAUUCGUUUGAUGUCUCUGAGGAAACUGCUAGGGAAUCAUAUUCUGCUGUUAGCGAAGCCUACGAUAGGCUCUUCCAACAGCUUGAGGUUCCCUUUGUUAAGGUAAAUGCCGCCACGGGAAUGAUGGGUGGAAGCCUUUCCCAUGAAUACCAUUACGUUUCCACGGUGGGGGAGGAUUCCUUGAUGCAGUGCAGCUCAUGUGGCUUUGCAGGGAACUCAGAGGUAUUGACUACCCCGGAAAAAUGCCCAAGCUGUCAGAGUUCGAGUCUGAACGAAGUUCGUGGCGUAGAGAUAGCACACACUUUUCUACUAGGUGACAAAUAUUCCAAGCCCCUAGGAGCCACCUUCCUUAACACUUCUGGAAAGCCGCAUCCUCUAAUUAUGGGAUGUUAUGGGAUCGGUAUCACCAGGGUGAUAGCAGCCGCCCUAGAAGUACUCUCCUCCGAGCAGGAACUACAAUGGCCCAAGCUUAUAGCGCCUUUUGAUGUGUGCUUGAUUGGACCGAAACAGGGAAGCAAGGAGCAGCUGUCAGCAGAGGUGGUAGAAAACGAAUUGCUCCAUAGCGUGGGUCAGCUUUGUGGUCCUCAGGAUCUUCUUCACGACGACCGCAAGGACCUAACCAUAGGCAAGCGUCUGCUAGAGGCGAAAAGGCUUGGACAUCCCCUAACCAUCGUUGUGGGUGGCAAAGCCAUUCAACAGGAUUCACCCAAGCUGGAAGUGCAUUUUAACAGAGGCGAGAAACUGGAGUUGGAUUUGAGUGAGACACUCAAGCUAGUAGCCGAACACAGUAGGCACAAAAAGGAUCUACUCGUAGGACAUUUUAAGGAAGACGGAGCGAGAAAAAGUCAAGCAAUUGGCCAUCAGCUUUAGCUUUAUGCAAUAAAGUUAACAAUAACACAAAACUCAACACAACCGCGCAUCCUGGCUGAUUAACCCGCAAUC